UCUACGACAAAAGCAAACAGAAGUAGUGCAUUUGUUAAAGUAUGCUGCAAAACGAUAAAAUUCUCUUUAAACAAACUUUUUAUGCUGUGAGAGCUUUUUCUAUAUUACUCAUAUCCAACUGUAACCACUGUUUCUUUAAUCUUCAUCGAUACUCACACUCACACUCACCCUCACCCGCACCCGCACCCAGACCGGCGUCUGUGAACUUCAGCUAUCGUUGCGCCCAAAUGUCGGUAUUCCAUCCAGCAUCUAAUUCGUUGGGGUAUAGAUGUCUGAAAAAAUUUUUAAUAUGCUCCUAUGGAAUCUCAUGGAAAUCAUCAGAACUCAUAGGACAAGAUGGGAUGAAGGUUUUCUUUUGCUGAAGGAAAUUUUCGCCUCAUCUUGUUCCACGACCACCCCUGUAUUAGACUAGAAGAGUAAACAGCGAAAAAGCAUGGAUGAUAAUGAAAUUAAACGAAUUAGGUUUUUUUCUAUAUCUGAUUACUGAAACUGGAAUUUUAUUUUAGAACGAGAACAGAACACGACAUUUUUGAUUAAUAAAACACAGUUUUAUGUCGAGCGAACAGUAGAAUCCAGUUUUCUUCAGAAAUAUGUUACUGGUAUGGAUUUGGAUAGUUCGUACGAAUUAAAACAACCUGAAUAUGCAAUGAACGAUGGUGAUUCCCAACCUAUUCUUGCUAUAUCGGGGAAAGCUGGUGAUGGAAAGACAAUGUUACUUAGCAAAUUUAUUUUAUAUCUCGAAGUAACAGCAGUUAUGGUGUAUAUUUCUUAUGACAAUAAUUUGCUGACAUCAACGGGCGAACGUCUAGCGCACGAUGAUAAUUUUUUAACCAAUGCACUUAAAAUUAUUCCAGGUACAAUAGUUAUUAUUAUUGACGGACUUGAUAAGGGUGAUAUUCAUCAAAAUCGAAAUUAUCAACAAGAAUUUCCCUUGAAUUCAUUAAAUAAAUUAAUUUUUCAAAAUUUAUCAAUAAUAAUUAGUUGUGAGAACGACAAACUUCUUCAUAAAACCAUAAAAAAUACAACAAAACACUAUGAACUUGAAUUAUUACCAUUCACAAUUGAACAACGAAAGUUUUAUGUGAAUAAUUUUUUUAAAUGUUAUAAUAAGGUAAGAAAAUAG